AUGACAAGACGACGACUAAUUCCCAAUCAGACGAUUAAUAAUGAACAAUCUGAACCCCAUCAGUUUCAAUUUAAUAUUACUGAAACAAAUGAAAGCAAUGAUCAAAUUAUAAUUGAUGCUGGAGUAAUACCAUUAAACGAUGAUUCACAACAACAUCAACAGAUCUUAACUGGAGAUCAAUUACAACAGUUAUUCACUCGAGCUAGUUCUGAAUUGAUUGCAGAUUCGAUGGAUGAUCAAGAAUUUUUUAAACGUGAAGAAACAAUUAAAGCACCAAAAACAAGCAAAAUAAUACAAACACCAUUCCCACCGCUUGCAGAAGAUCGUAAACAAGAUUUUGAUCUUAGUAUUGAACAAUUGAAACAAUUAGCUAAACCGGAAGCAGGUCCGUUGAUCAUCGAAAGAUAUUCUCCAAAUGAAACACAAAUUAAUUAUCCAUUGGCAACUGUUACCAUAACAUUUAACCAACCAAUGAUUGCUGUUUCAUCAUUAGAUAAUCAAAUAAAUAUCGAAGAUCUUGGUAUAUCAUUAACAUCUGCGAUAGAAGGUCGAUGGAGAUGGUUAGGAACAAAAACAGUUCAGUUCGAACCAAAACAUCGUUUGCCAUUUUCAACAAAAUAUAUAUUAAAAGUUGACAAACAACAUUGUGUAUCAGCAAUUGGAGGAAAAUUAGACGAUGAACUAUUAUUUGAAUUCUCAACAACAACACCAAAUGUUCUUCAAUUCUUACCAUGUGGAACAGUUUCAACAUUGAAACCGAUCUGUUUUCUAUUAUUUGAUCAAAAAAUUGAUAGGAAUAGAAUUUUAGAGCAUUUACGUGUAAUGAGUAGUGAUAAACAUGAAAUAUCAAGCAACGAAUUACAACUAGUAGAUGAAGUUACAGCAAAAAAGGAAUUUAAAUCUUAUAUAGAUGCUACUGAAGGGAAUCAUGAGAAAUAUGUUGCAUUUACAUUUAAAAAUGAUUUAUUAAAAGCAACGCUAUAUACGAUUCAAUUGCCUGCAGGUUGUCCAUCAGCCGAAGGUCCAUUAGUGACAACAUCAGAGUGGUCAGCUAGUUUUCAGACUUAUGAACCUUUAAAAAUUACUGACUGGCAUCCAAAUAAAAAUAAUGAACGUCAAUCAUCUAUUAGUCCUGGUCAUAGUUGGUCAGUAACAUUCAAUAAUUCAUUAGAUCAUUCAACUAUUAAUAAAUCAUUAUUCAAAAUCGAACCAGAAGUUAGUGAAUUAGGUAUUGAACAUGUUGAACACAAUAAUCGACAAAUAACAAUACAUAAUAAUUCUAAACCAAAUACUAUUUAUACAUUAGUUAUACAAUCGGGAAUAUUGAAAGAUAUUCAUGAUCAAACAUUAGAACAUGAUCAUUCUGAACAACCAAUUCAAUUUCAUGUACAUGAUUUACCACCAUUAGUUGGCGAUAUAUCGGGUGCUACAGGUAUGAUUAUAAUGGAUCCCGGCGUAUUGGAUGAACCAUUUUAUCCAUUUAUGGUUUAUAAUUAUUCCGAAAUAACAUUACGUAUUAAUCAAGUCAAACCAGAACAUUACAAUCCAAAUUUACCUUGUUUUCAGCAAUAUUCUCGCAGACAUAGAGAAGAAGACGACUUGCAUCAUCAAUUGCCUGGAGAAGAAUUGUUCAAUGAAGUUAUACAAACCAAUUGUGAACGUGAUGAACCAAAAGAGAUAAAAGUUCCUUUAAAAUCAUAUUUAACAAAAACUUCGAGUGUAGGCCAAUUAAUUGUCUUCAUUGAACCAACAGAAAAAGCAUGGAACGAAUGUCAACAUAAUGACUGGCAGCGUAAACAAGUUAUAUCAGCCUGGUUACAAUGUACUCGAUUAGCAGUUGAUCUAUUUGUUUCUCCAGGUUCAGACGUUAGAUUAACUGCAUGGAUUACUGAAUUAAUGACUGGUAUACCUGUCAAUCAAGCAAUUGUUUCAAUACGGGGCAAGAAAGAAGAAACAAAUCAACAAGGAUUAUGUACUAUUUCAAAUUAUAAUUCUGAAAACAAUACAACAGAAAAAGAAAUAUUAAUUGUACAAAAAGAUAAUGAUCUAUGUAUUCUAACAGAUAUUUAUUCUCAUGUAUCAAAUCCUGAUGCUUACGUUUGGCAUGUAUUUAAUGAUCGAAAUUUAUAUAAACCAAAGGAAGAUGUGCAUAUCAAAGGAUAUGUUCGAUUACUAGAGGUAAAAGGUGAUGCAAAAUUACCAACUUAUGCUCAAGGUAUUAUUGAUUAUACUGCUUAUGAUCCUCGUGGUGAAAAACUUCAACAAUCAAAAGUCGAGUUAAAUAAUUAUGGUGCAUUUGAUAUCAAAUUUACAUUACCUGGUAAUGUUAACUUAGGUAAUGCAUGGGUAAACUUCAGUUUACCAGAUUCAAAAGGUGAAACAACACAUCAUUUCACAGUUCAAGAGUUUCGUAGACCAGAGUAUGAAGUUUCAUCAAUGACUCGACCAUCAAUAGUACAUUAUUGUCAUCCAAAUAAUGAUGCAUACGUUAUAGCUACUUGUGAAGGAAAAUUAUUUGCUGGUGGUUAUUUAAAUGAUGCCAAUGUUCAAUGGGCAGUACAUGCUGAAACAACAACAUUUACACCUGCUAAUAGAUCUGAUUACACGUUUGGACGAGCUCGACCAUUCUUUCGUUGGUUUAGUUCUAAUAAUGAUAACAAAAUAAUAUAUCCAACAAAGCAUUUUCAAGUAAUUUAUCUAAAGUAA